CAACAGAAAACUUAAAAAACAACUAGACACACUGGCAAUAACACUUGACUUGACUCAAGUUCUGACUCUCACAGACCUGAAAACUUAAAAUGGCUCUGUUUGUGACAAUCAUCUUCCUCCUGAUCCCAGUAGGUUGGUGUGAAGUAGCAGUGAGGACCGGCUAUAUAGGGGAAAGCACAAACAUCUACUGUACCCCGCCACCACAACUAAGCACUGUCCUGUUUCGCCUCUGCAAACGCACCGAUGGUAACAAAUGUAAUGUUAUCAUUUCCACAAAGGCACAGGGGAACCCUCAUGGCACCAGAUACACAAUGGCUGACCAAGGGCACAUUGUCAUCAAUCCGAUCUCUGACAGCGACACAGGAGAGUACUGGUGCAUUUGGGAGUCAAAUGGGAAGCUGACCACCACUGAAAAAAUAAAAUUUUGGGCCAUCCCCAUAACUGGAUACAUCGGAGGAAAAGUAGAGAUGAAACUACUGUAUGGAUCUGGAUAUGAGAACAAGGGAAAGUACCUCCAAAGAGAAGGAUGCCUCACCAGUCUCAUUUACAUUCAAAAUGGCCAGACCAGGACCAAUAAAGAGAAGUAUUCCCUUUAUGACUAUGCCAGAACCAAGGAGCUUACACUGACCAUCAGAGGACUUGAAGCAGAGGAUUCUGGGAAAUAUAUGUUUGGAAUACUUGACGUUGGGGUUUUCCCUGAAUGGCCACUGAUAGUGAAAGCCUUGAUUAACGUGAGCAACUUUGAGGGACACAACACUAAAAUACCCUGCAAGUACCAAACUGCUAGAAGUUCAGGGUAUCUCCCGCAUUUCUGCAGAGGACGUGAUCCUGGGGAGUGUUUGGAGCAAGGGGCGCUGGAGAACAGAUUAUCUUAUGAGGACAGUGCAGCUGAGAAAGUCCUCAUUGUGAGCAUCUACAACCUACGAGCAGAGGAUUCUGGGAUAUACUGGUGUGUGGACUUUCCUGACAGAGGACCCGAGUUUACGGCAGCCAUUCAGUUAACCGUCAAAAAAUACUCAAGUGCCACAGUCUCUGAAUCAGACACCAUCUCAGUCACCUGGGUGUUGGUCCCAGUUGUGAUGCUGCUGCUCUUGGCCACAGGCCUCCUGGUGGUCAAAUACAAGAAGACGUCUGAACGAGCUCCUGACUUGCCAGGCAGUGCAAUGUUCACAAAUACAGCAAGGACUAUAAAGGAGACUGUUGAUUAUGAGUACGAUGAUGUAUCUGCCUCUCAGACAAGGACUGCCAAUCUUCCCCAGAGAGACUUUGUUCGCCACACUCCUCAUUUCAGCCGAGAACUUUACCAGGAUCUGAACCCCAACACGAACCAAGGGAAUUCAAUUUAUAUGUCGCUUUGAAUCCUGUAAUUUGUUCAGAACUAACUAGCAUUAGAACAACAUCUAUUCAAAAUAUACAACUUUGAACUAUGAGUUAUUCAAACCUGAGCUAUGUGAAAUCGAACUAACUAACAAACUAACUUCCUACACGAAGCACCCUUUGAAUUUGAUUAGCUAGGUGGAUUAAGCCAUUCUAUUGUGUGGUCACCCUUACACCAAAAACGGAGCUAUUAUUGUUGUUAUUAUUAGUAGUAGUAGUAGCAUUCCUUAGUUUCUUUUGUUCGUUUCAAUUGUUUACUACUCAUUGCGAAUCAACAUUCACCACUUGACAAAAAAAUAUUAUACAAUUUUGAUAUUUCUACUUUUAACAUUUUUCACAAAAUAGUUUUGUGUUUUCUGUGUUGACCUACAGUACGUGUUGACUGUUGAGCAUUGGUUUUUGUAAAUAAUAAAACGGCAUA